AUCAUGGGUAAAUUGACGAACUCGUCGAAGAGAAACGAAGUCAAUGUUACUUACGUUAACGACAACGAAUAUAGUAUUCGGCUGAUACGUUGGUUAUUGACAUUAAUUGGUGCUUGGCAAUCAUCUGCGACAAAGACUUCAAUUGAAAAAUUACAUUCUAUAAUUUUGAUCAUUCUUUCUUUUUCUUUAAUAUGCUUUACUUUUGUACCGUGUACUUUGUACGCUUUCCUCGAGGAAAGAAACUUGCAAGCGAGAAUGGAGGCUCUCGGUCAAGUGAGUUAUUGGCUCAUGGGUGCCAUCAAGUACAGUUACAUCUUGUUUCAUCGAGGAAACGUGCGUCGGUGUUUUGAUCACAUCGAAAGAGAUUGGCGUAUGGUUAAAAGAUCGAAAGAUCGUGACAUCAUGUUGGCUCAUGCCAAUAGUGCUCGUUAUUUUAUCCUCGUUUGUACGGGUUUUACUAUUGGCGGCGUUUUGAUUUAUAAUCUGGUCAAAGGAAUGACACUUGUUCCUGUUUCCAUAGAAAAUCUUACGGUCUACUUGCAUCCGUUACCUUGUCCUUGCUAUAGCAAAGUAGCGGACACGAGAUAUAAUCCGGCUUACGAUAUCGUAUAUGGACUCCAACUGUUCUCCGGUGUUAUCACCAGCUCCAUCUUCGUAUGCGCUUGCAGUCUCGCUGCGGUCUUUAUUAUGCACGCCUGUGGUCAACUGACGAUGACGAUGGCAUGGAUGAAAGAUUCCUUCUCAAUUCCUUCGAUCGAAUCUACGAAUUAUCAACUUUCAGACAUUGUCGGACUCCACGUGCGCGCUUUGAGUUUUAUAGAAUAUAUAGAGAACGUGAUUAAUCGCAUAUGUCUCGUCGAACUUUUGGGUAGCACAUUAAAUAUGUGUUUGCUGGGAUAUUUUUGUAUCACGGAGUGGGAGAACAACGAUACGAAAAUUACCAUAGGAUACUUUCUUGUAUUUAUCUCCAUGAUGUUCAAUAUUUUCGUAUUUUGUUUUCUUAGCGAGAAACUCUCACAUCAGUGCAUGCAAGUAGGUGACGUCGCUUACGCAUGCGAUUGGCAACUUCUUCCUGAUUGCACAGCACGCGGAUUUAUUUUAAUAAUACUUAGAUCCAAUUCUGUGGUACGAUUAACUGCCGGAAAAUUCAUGCAAAUCUCUAUUAUCACUUUCGGCGAUGUGAGUAAUUAAUAAUAUAAAUGAAAUUGAUGAUACUGCGUACGACGGAUGCGGUUGAAUGAAUCUGAAAGAUCAAUUUUUCUUUUAGGUAAUAAAAACAUCUGCGGUAUACUUCAAUAUGCUACAAAAAAUGACAUAGAGUAUUUUACGUAGUAUAAUUACAAUGAGACAUUUAUAAAAAAAGAAAAAGAUAUAGAAACUUUUAUUCGGCAAAUAAAUUAGAUUCCUACGUAAUGAAAAUUUUUAUGAAUUAUAAAUGAGAGUUCCAACGAAAUUUUUAGUACUCGAGCAAUUUAUAAUAAUAAUAAAAAAAAAAAAAAAAACUUUAAUCCUUAAUAGUUAAAUAUUUUGUUACAUUAGUCAAAAAUAAAAAAAGAGCACAUAAAUAAUAAAAUUGUACUCACACACAUUAUUUGAGACAUAGUCGAUUUAGAUGAUAAUAAGAUGGUGAUACGUAAAUUCCGUUAGCACUAUUUUUUAGAUCAUUGUCAUAGUAAAAUUUACAUUCUGUAACGAAUAUAAAAAUGACCAAAAAGGUUAAAAUUUAUACAAAACAAAAUCCCUUUGAAUUCUAUGAAAGUAACAACAAGAAGAUAGAAAUAUUUCAUCUUAAAUAAUAUAAAGGCUCACUUUGCUGUAAUAAAACAUUUAAAAAUAUAUAUUGGUAUGACAU